AUGUUCUACAAUCACAAUAAUGGUAAAAUUGCUAUUAUAAUUGUGUAUGUAGAUGACAUUAUUAUGACAGGAGAUGACACAAUAGAGUUGGAGUCGCUGAAGAACUUCUUAUCCAACCAGUUUGAGGUCAAGGAUCUAGGACAACUCAAAUAUUUCCUUGGAAUGGAGGUGGCUAGAUCCUCAAAAGGUAUAGUUAUAUCGCAAAGGAAAUAUGUCCUCUCUCUCUUGAAAGAGACCGAUUUACUAGGAUGUAAACCAGUGGCGACUCCUAUUGAUCUGAAUCAAAAACUCGAAAAAGAAGAUGGUGUUGAGCCUAUGGAUAAGAAUCGAUAUCAGAAGCUGGUGGGGAAGUUGAUUUAUUUGGAUCAUACGAGACCAGAUAUUGCAUUUGCUAUGAGCUUGGUGAGUCAGUUUAUGCAUUGUCCCUCAGAGAAGCACUCCAAUGCUGUUUACAGGAUUCUGCAUUACUUGAAAGGAAGUCGGAGUAAAGGAAUCGUGUUUUCAAAGAAUGAAAGUCGAAGAGUGGAGAUCUUCACUGAUUCUGAUUGGGGAGGAAGUUCUACAGAUAGAAGAUCUACCACCGGUUAUUGCUCCUUUGUUUGGGGAAACUUAGUUACUUGGAGGAGCAAGAAGCAACCAGUUGUCUUUAGAAGUAGUGCAGAGGCCGGGUUAAGAGCCAUGGUGCAAGGAGUAUGUGAGCUGUUAUGGCUUUGA